AUGACGAGUGAUGUGUUGGGAGUAUCAAGUGCGAUCGAAUCGUUGUUAAAAGUGAACGAUAGUUGGGUUAGUGAUGAGCAACAUGAUAAUGGAAGUAGUGUUGGUAUUGGAACUGGAGGAAACAACGGUAGCAUUAUCGAUAAUGCUGAUGAGCAAUUGAUUUCUUUAGAUGAUUUUAUUAGAGAAGCGUUGCCUCAACAUCUGCAUAAACUUUUCCUUGAUAGUUUUUACAACAUUGGACAAAAUGGUGUCCUAAUUUCUCCUACGACUUCUAGUGGAGCCCAGAAUCCUCAUUUUACCUUACCGAUGUUGCCGAGUAACGCUCCACUACUUCCGCCUUCAAGUUCCUAUACAUUUUCUUCAUGGUCGUUUGUUCAGGGAUUGGUUGCGGGACAACUAAGUGUGAUUAUGGUACUUAUAUUCUUCAUUAAGUUCUUUAUAUUCAGCGAUGGGCCGUCUAAAAGAAGUGGAGAAACUCCACAGAAUUCAGGGUCGAAUAUUAACCCGGGCAUCGCUGGUCCACAACUUUUAUCUUUGACAACUAGUCGUUUCUUGUCGACCAUUAUCAAGCGAGGGGGAAAGGAUGGGUCGGAUUUUAUUGACGACAAAGAAAACGAAUGCUCUAGGCAGAUCAAUACUAUACUUGAAAAGACCUACUAUACCGUUGAAACGCAUUCUCCAGAGUCAUUAGAUUGGUUUAAUGUCCUUAUUGCUCAAAUGAUUGACCAAUUUCGUGAGGAGGCAUUAAGGAAAGAUAAUAUCAUUCAUUCGUUAAAUGACUACAUCUCCAGAAAAUCUGAUGAGUUGCCUCAGUAUCUGGAUUCUAUAAAAAUCACUGAACUCGAUAUAGGUGAUGAUUUCCCUAUUUUCUCUAAUUGUAGGAUUCAAUACUCUCCAAAUCUCAACAAAAAGAGAUUGGAAGCUAAAAUCGAUAUUGAUCUCAGUGAUAGACUUGCAUUGGGCAUUGAGACCAGGCUUUUGAUGAAUUACCCUAAGCCGCUAACUGCUUCCUUACCUGUUCAACUAACAGUGUCUAUGGUUAGGUUUCAAGCUUGUUUGACCGUAUCUUUGACUACUGCAGAGGAGUUUGUGCCAACCGUGACCGAUUCAUCCGAUAGAGAUGAAGAAUCAGAAGAAGAUGGUCAUUAUUUGGUAUUUUCUUUUUCCCCUGAUUAUCGAAUGGAAUUUGAUAUUAAGUCUCUGAUCGGUUCUAGGUCAAAAUUGGAAAACAUCCCAAAGAUAAGUAGUUUGCUUCAGGAUCAAAUCAACAAGUGGUUUAUGGAUAGAUGUGUUGAACCAAGAUUUCAAUUUGUUAAACUUCCUAGUUUGUGGCCUAGAAGUAAGAAUACAAGAGAAGAAAAAACGGAGUUGCAGGAUGAUGAUCCUGUAAAAAACUCUGAAUAA